CUCCAGCGCCCUUUCAUGACUCUGCCCGUACCUUCAGGAUGUCCGCAUCAACUUCUCUCGUCAUCCGGCGGACAAUUGGCCCUUCGACCUCGCUACUCCGUACCCAGUCGCAGCGCCGCUAUGCCCGCGUCCACGAUGUGCGCUUCGUAACCACCCACCGUGAUUCAGAACGCAUAUUAGAAAAGUACAGGGACAAACUGGAGCAGAAAGCGAAACAGGAAGGCCAUGACACCGUCUCCUCACUGAAAGAGGCCUACGCCGACAAGAUAAAAAAUUACAAGCGUUCGUCAUCUACACCGUCGAGCCAGUCGCCUUUCCAACCUCCUCCGCCACCGUCUCAACCUACACCACAAGCUGCAGCUCCCACGGCGAAGUCAAAAGCACCCACUGCUCUCAAAUCAAACACCCCCGGCAUUCGGUCACUUUCAUCGUACCUCGACCUAGAUAAGGUUUCGACCCUACCGAACAAAGAGGUGGAAUAUAUCUGGAGACUUCGGCACGCCAAUGAUCCUUUGUCCUUAUGCGCUGUCGUCCCUCUCGAGACAUACAACCGCAUCUAUCGCACAGCCCGAAAACACCCUCAAUUCGUCCUCCCGCUUCCUCGACCGACGGCUGAGGACGGCAGCGGCGACGUCAAACAAUCACCGCAGGGAUUCGAAGGAGGCGAGCGCUCUGCUGCGGACAUCCACUUCCUGCAAUGGGGCUUCCAUCCUCCGGCAGAUGCCUCCGCAAGCUCCAAGGUCAAGACUGCAAAUACACACACAAGUACAGUCCUCUUUACACAUCUGGCGGCUUUCAAGGUACACGGGACAUAUGCGCAACCGCACACAACCAUCACACACCACCUCGACCUUGCUGAUUCUCACGGCAUUGUACUGCUCAAUGGCUCUGUAGUCGAAGGGCGCGGCGUUAGCGUCGAAGAAGGCAGAUGGCUUUUGAUGUGUCUGCAAAAGUUUUAUGACCAUGAAGGCCAUGGUGGAGGCGUAGGACGCGAGAAGCGUCAGGGAUUGCUGGAGAAGUUCAGCAAGGGUGACCAGGGGUUCAACUUGGAAGAACUGGUCGAUGAAGCUGAAAGGAUUUCAUGAAGAGUCCGCGUCUGUUUACAUGAAGCGUUCGCCUCAGCUCCAAAGCUCUUCCCGGUCGACGUCGGUAUUACCUCGCUUGACAUCCGCUUUCCGUGAACUUCUCAAAACGUCUUCGACGAGGAAUUCCCAAAUCGCGUCGAAAUAGCCUGGCUCCGCCACGGUCGAGUUGUGGUCUCCAUUGGGAAACUCCUGCCACACCUUCUUCGCAGGACAUGCCUCGUAUAGGGUCCUCAUCAUUGUGGGAGGCACAAUCUCAUCUUUGAGGCCGGAGAGGAACAACAGGGGGAUGUCCUUGUCUGUUACUUUGGCCAGGCUCUCUUCCGAGUUCCAGCGCUGGUGACAGAGAUAGGCGAUAUAUUUCGCCGGAGGCAUGACCGAGGGUAUCAGCUUGCGAAUUGACAGAAAGGUGUUCUCGAGGAUGACGGCGGCGAUAUCACCUGCCUGCUCAUUUGACUGCAGAAGCUUGACUGCAAGCGCACCACCCAGGCUUUGCCCGUACAGCACGAUACUUGUCUUUCUCAGCUCUUCAUGAUUUCGGACAUAGUCUAGUGCUGUCUGCCCGUCGAUUGUUAAGCCUUCCUCGUCUGGUGAUCCGGUGGACAGGCCGUAUCCUCGAUACUCGACCAUAAAUACGUGGCAACCCAAGCUCUCCGACAAUACUUUGCCUAUGGGCAGGCGAUGGCCAACAUUUCCAGCAUUGCCGUGAAAUGUGACCAAUGUGAUAUUCUUCUUGAGGGAAGGAGUGGGCGGUCGCAAGAGGUACGCGUGGAGGGUUUCGCCGUCGGGGGUAGGGAACUUGAUGGACUCUGCUGAUUUGAGGUUGAACUGGUCGGGCGUAGGUACGUUGGUCCUCGCGCCCGCGGGUAGGUUUGCAGGAUAGAUGAUGUCGUUCUGUUUGAAGUAAAGUAGACUGCUUCCUAGAGCUGCGAGGCCGGAUGAGGCGAAGAUAGGAAUGCGCAAGUAAGAGAACGUUGUACCCAUGGUGGCUGUCCUAAGGAAGCCCAUACAAACGCUUUUGAGGCGGAGAGAGGGUAGGAUGGCUUGAGGUGGGUGCACAUCCGUAAAGAGGAGCACGGCUGGGCCACAGGUGAUGCUGUGAUGAUUUGCGUAGAGACAGGGAGAGGGUUGCGAAGAUACGAAUAUUCGAAGAGGUCGUGCCAGGCUGCGACUAACUCAAGACGUG